AUGGUUAUUGGCUGUUGCACACUUAAUAAUAUUUCGGAAGAUGCCAAAACACGAAGCGAUGCAAAUAAGCAGAUUGAGAAAUUGAUUGAAAAGGAGAAAAAGAAUUUUAAGUCUACACACAGACUCCUCCUUCUGGGUGCUGGAGAGUCUGGGAAAUCGACCAUUGUUAAGCAAAUGAGGAUAUUACACAUUGAUGGCUUUUCAGAACGAGAAAAAAAAGAAAAGAUUGAUGCAAUCCGGAAAAACCUCCGUGACGCUAUCUGUUCAAUAGCUGGUGCUAUGAGUUCUUUGAAACCACCAGUAGAGCUUGAACUCAGUGAAAACAAAAAGUUGAGGGAUUAUAUACUGGAAACUGCAUCUAAACCUGAUUUUGACUAUCCACCGGAGUUUUUCACAUAUUGCGCCAAACUAUGGAAGGAUGGAGGUAUACAGGAAACGUUUGAAAGAUCAAAUGAAUAUCAACUAAUUGACUGUGCGAAAUAUUUCCUUGACAAGACUUUAGAGGUCGGCGCUCCAAACUACAUCCCAUCUGAGCAGGAUAUUCUGCGCUGUCGUGUACUAACUUCCGGAAUAUUUGAAACCAAGUUCAGCGUAGAUAAAGUUAAUUUCCAUAUGUUUGACGUCGGUGGACAGAGGGAAGAGCGCCGAAAGUGGAUACAGUGCUUUAACGAUGUCACUGCAAUCAUUUUUGUCGCUGCUUGUUCUUCGUACAACAUGGUCUUACGAGAAGACCCUAGCCAAAACCGUGUAAAGGAGUCUUUAGAACUUCUUGCUUCCAUAUGGAACAACAGAUGGUUGCGGAACAUAUCUGUGAUUCUCUUUCUUAACAAGCAAGAUCUACUUACGGAGAAGGUCUUAGCUGGCAAGUCCAAGAUUGAAGUCUAUUUCCCGCAUUAUGCUACUUACCAAGCUCCAGCUGAUACACUGGCAGAGUAUCGUCAUGAAAACUCAGAAGUUAUACGUGCCCGAUUUUUCUUCCGCGAUGAGUUUCUUAAAGUAACAUCAAAUAACAAUGGUGGACGUCAUUAUUGCUAUCCUCACUUAACAUGUGCAGUUGAUACGGAAAAUAUCCGACGCGUAUUCAAUGAUUGUCGCGAUAUCAUUCAGCGAAUGCACCUGCGACAGUAUGAAUUACUCUAGGAACAUAUUUUGUAGGCCCCAAAUAUGAUUUUUGUUCUUCCAUAUUUUUCUGGGUAUACUGUUUUAAAACCCCAACGCUUGUGAAUACCAUCUCAUAAUUAAUUAUGAUUAAUGUUAUCCAGUGCAUCGAAUAUAGUUGAAUAUUUUACUCCCUUUAUAAAACUACCUAUCUCUGCUAAACUGCAUUUGAAGACCAAGCACUGCAAAACCAACUGGCACGUUUGAAAAUUUCGACGUCUUUUUAAAAUGUCAAACUGGAUGCAAACAACAUCAUGUUUUCAAAAUCUUAUUUGUAAUACACCACCUCAGAUAUACGUAUAUUUAUCUGAAAUUUUAAUUUCUCAAUACUUUUAUUUUAAUAAUGUCACUAUUACUGCUUUAUUUCUUUUGGUAUUCUUAAGUUUUGAAAGCAUACUAUUCUGCGGAAUUUACUGUUGAUCAGGAUUUUUCUAAUCGUGUCUGUUUGGAUGUCUAUAAGCUCGUUAUUCCUUCUAACUCUGUCUUGGUUUUAUCACCGUGAUAUGCAAUUGUAACUUAUUUCUGUCGAUAAAUAUGCUCCUGUUUGCAAAUCUGUUAAGUUGAUGUGCCAAUAUGUUUACUCCCCUUGGAUGUAUACACAAUAAUAUUUCAUAAUCAGUAGUAUCCAGUUUCACAUGUUUGAUUAAAAAAUAUCGUUAGCUAGCUAUAUGCAAACAUAUGACUUGUUCAUACAUUUGGAAUUGUAAACUUGUUUUGUUUUCAGUGAAUAACUCUUGUCUUUCUUCCUAGUUUCAAAUCUUAGUGGUGUUACACGCUACCACGUAGUUUUGCAAUCCUGAAACUUUUCCUCAUUCUGAUUUGCCUAAGAUCUGUGUUUUUGAGCUUAUAUUACUUGUUUUCCGGUUGAUUUCACUUAAAUGAAUGCCUCAUAUUCUUAGAUCUUUAUUGUUAACUGUAGAACGCACAACGCUGUUGUAUUCGAAAUCCCGUUUGCUAAUGAACUGUGUUCACGGUGUGAUAGCCUUCUCUACUGAAAGUAGACGGGGUACGCUUUUCACUUUAGUCAGUUCGAGUGGUUAGAUAUUUCUCCUUCACUCUGUACAGCCACACUUUGAUGUAACUGGCUAGACUUACUCAUAAUAUUGACUUCAUUUUUCAGCUUGUUAGUGAUUUUGCUUAGAUGUUUCAACUUGUUACAGACAAUCUCACUUCUGUAAGGAUUUGUACUUUUUUUCUAAUAUCUUCCACAGCUGAGUUUUUCGUAGCUACAAAAUGAAAAAGUCAGUGCAAAUUAAAAAUAAAUCUUUGAAGUGCUCCCG